AGAAAAUCAGCAGAAAAAAAAAUCGACUUUGGAUUUCGAUGGUUCGUGGUCCGAUGGUUAUCGUCGUUGCAAGUGUCAAAUGGAAAAUUCUUAGGUGAAAUUUCAUCCGAGACGGACAGAAAAAUUAGGAAAAAAUACGUUUUGGAAGUGGAUUUCCAUUUGGCGAUUCGUACCACCGAAAUCGUAGAGUGUUCCGAUCGGUUUAGAAUUGUGCAGGGUGCGGAAAAAUCGGUGAACGGUGUUGAAUUAACAUUUUCUUUUUCGCGUAUCGGACGGGUGAGUUUUUGUUUUCGAUCGGUAGAAGUUUUGUGACGACGCUAGUGUUGUCGAUUUUAUCGCGAACGUCGCGAGUUUCCUUUUGCAGUUUGCUACCAUUAUUUGCAAAUUAGUACACGUCUCGUGUUUAUCAGUGCGAUUCGGUUUGGCGUUGCGUUUUUGUCGGUUUUCGGUUGUGUGGGAAACCAACGGAUCUUGAGUUAAUUUUGUCAACAUUCGCCUGCAGCUGGGUAUUGGAUCGGAUAGGAAAUCCAUAAUCGAUUGCUGCUGGGGAGGGAAAAGAAUACAUACACAAGGUGACAAAUUAAAUUUGUCUUUCUACUGGAGGACGAAAUGGCAGAACCAAGUGCUGCGUCUCCGCAGGAACCUUUUGCAUCGAGACCAGACAUCAAUCGUGGCAACAAUAACAACAGCAAUUAUAACACCGGUGGACAGGGAGCCGCUCCUCCGACACCACCUCCACAAGCUAAUCCUUCGCCUCCACCGCCACCACAAGCAAAUGCUGCACCACCACCUCCGCCGCCACCACUAGCAAAUCCACCACCCAGAGCUAGGAAUAAUGCUCAGAAUCCUCUCAUCAACGUCCGAGAUCGAUUGUUCCAUGCGUUAUUUUUCAAGACGGCAAUUGCGUAUGCCCAAAUGGUUCCUAAACCCGUGCGGCGAGCCAUCGAGCUGAUUAUGCUGCUGAAAGCGUUGGCUGCCUUCUUCAUUCUGGUCUACAUUCAUGUGCAUUUUUCGCAAACCCCUACUACCUGUUUGGAACAUGUGAAGAGCGACUGGCCCCGCGACGGAAUUUUACGAGUCGAAAUCCUCCGUCAUAAUCCAAACGCGCCGAAUACGGCGGAUCUGAAGAAUAAAAAUGCAGAUUUGGACGAGAGCGAGGUCAAUAUGCUGAGAAACACUCACAAAAACGGGAUGAUCAGUAUCGAUCCGUCGACGACGUUGCCCCACGAACAGGAGCAGAAUCAAAAUCCGGAAUUGCUGGGACAGAGCUACGCCAACAGUAGUCCGUGGUCGGACGCACAGCAGCAAUCGAAAGAACCGAUGACUUCCGAAGUGUACCAACACCACCAAUCGGCAAAACCGGACGCGGCAGGCCAACCCGGAAAGGAGGACACCACCGUAAGAAAGGUGGAGAUCAAUAUGCCCAUCGUUAGUACCCAGUUUCCGGGCAAGGAAGCACGGAUGAAUGUUCACGAGGAAGAGCAGCUGUCGGAGAUGCAACAGCUGCAGAAGGAUUACGGUGAUAAUGUUGUAAUCUAUACCAAUGAGACGAUUUUGAAGAAUCUGGAGAAGAUGAAGGUGGAUUUGCCGGAGACGGAACUGCGAACGGAUGUGCCGGAGAUGGAGAAGCUGAAGAAUGCUGUAUGGGCUGACGAGCAGUACAUUGUCGAGUAUUCGCUCGAGUAUGGCUUCCUACGGCUGUCGGCAGCCACCCGGCAGCGGCUCAACAUUCCCGUCCACGUGGUCACGCUGGACCCGCAGGAGGACAAAUGUUUCGGUGAUUCGUUCAGCCGUUUCAUCCUGAAGGAGUUUCUCGGCUACGAUGACAUUCUGAUGGCUUCCGUAAAGGUGCUAGCCGAACAGGAGGACAACAAAGGCUACCUGCGGAAUGUGGUGACCGGAGAGCACUACCGCUUCGUUUCGAUGUGGUGGAUGGCACGCAGUUCCUACUUUGCGCCGUUUUUCAUCAUGAUUCUGUUUACUAUCUCAAUUUCGAUGCUGUUGCGCUACUCUCAUCACCAGAUCUUCGUGUUCAUCGUGGACUUGCUUCAGAUGUUGGAAUUCAACAUUCCAGUUCGUUUCCCAGCGGCGCCACUGCUGACCGUCAUCCUGGCGCUGGUCGGCAUGGAAGCCAUCAUGUCGGAGUUCUUCAACGACACGACGACCGCGUUCUACAUUAUUCUGGUGGUUUGGUUUGCCGAUCAAUAUGAUGCCGUGUGCUGCCACACGACUGUCACGAAACGUCACUGGUUAAGAUUCUUCUACUUGUACCACUUCUCGUUUUAUGCGUACCAUUACCGAUUCAACGGGCAGUACAGUAGUUUGUCGCUGUUCACAUCGUGGUUAUUUAUACAGCAUUCGAUGAUCUACUUUUUCCACCACUACGAACUCCCAGUCAUAAUCCAGCAGGCGCAGCUACAGCAAAUUCUGCUGCAGACUCGUGAUGGCCAAGUGCCGCCACCAAAUCCACCUCAGCAACCUAGACAGCAGCAGCAACAACAGCAGCAGCAGCAACAACAGCAAGGGCAGGCCCCUCCCGGAACACCACGGGGUCAAAACGAACCACAGCAGCAACCGCCACUCCACCGAGCAGCAAACGUCUUGGAUGGCUUCAUCAAUGCCAUGCGGUUCCAGCGCAGAAACAAUGACAACAAUAAUAACAAUCGCAACAUCCUAAUCAGCAUUCCUCGGUACUACGGAAUACUUGCCAUGAAUGGAAAUAACAACAAUAACAACAACAACAACAACAAUGCCGCCCCGGCAUUUGGCAAUGGAGGAGGAGUUAAUGCAACGGUGCGCAACAUAGCCCACAGUUUGGUGCAGAAUUUGCGAACCAAUGUCGCCGCUGGGAUGGAACUGUUGGGCAAUAUGAACAUCAACAAUAACAACAUUUUCGCACAGCGGCUCUGGUUCGGAUUUGGCACUGGGCAGAACCGUCCGAUCGGAAUCAGAAUAAUUGGCAGAAUACACCCGGCCGGUGUGCCAAAUAACGACCUAGCAGGUAACGGAACAAAUUCUACCGGAGCCAACCGUACUGGUGCUGCUCCGAUGACAGCAGAGAACAUCGCAACCGUCUCGGCGGUGGACCCCAGAACCAACUAUCAGCGUAACUACGAAGCGAACAACUUUAUUUUUCCGGAAGCAGUACUUACCCAUCAUCAUCAGCAGCAGCAGCCGGCGCAGCCCGUCUCCGCCAGUAUUCCCGGGGAUGAUAGCGGCCCGGAGAAAAUCUACAACAUUGAAAAUGUGGCGCUGGAUAGCAGCGUUUCUGACUCUAGUGAUAGCACUGGCAGCAGCCGCAGUCGAUCGGACAGGAGUCCUGCGGAUGUUACUAGCAGUUUAGAUCCCAGUACCAGCUCAGUGCUGGGGGCAGAGCGGCAGCAGCAACAGCAGCUACAGCAGCAGCAGCACGGUAGUGUUAGUAGUAUAGAAACGCCGUCCGGUACGGCCAUCGACAGCACUACGGAGCAGAACAGCACCAGUAGAUCUCCUGCGGGUUUGGCUUCGAAUGAUUUCAACGGUGAAGAAUCUUAGGCGAUCUUUAUCCUUUUUGUUCGUGAGUUACUGUGUCUAUACUUGCUUAUUUAUCUGUGAAUUUAUUUUAUUGAAAGAUGAUAACAGCGGAUUGUACGGAACAUGAUGUGCUAUAAAACAGAAUUAAAAAAAACUGAAAGCAUUGUAAAACGUAAUGAAAACGUUACUGUGUACAUACAGAGGACAGCCUCUGCCUUUUGCGAUUUUUUUUUUGAAGUUUUUGAGUUGAUGAUCGUUAAUGAAGGGCGGCGAAGAUGGAAAACAAAAUUAUUACCGAAACAGUUCGUGUUUAAUUAAAGCAGUAUCGUUGAAUCACUUGUUUUAUCAACAA